AUGCUGUCAGAAGGCUAUCUCAGUGGACUUGCGUACCGGAAUGACAUCCAGUGGAGUUAUCCAUCUUCUAAUGAGCAAGUGGCUGAGGAAAAGGAAGAGGAGAUGGAAGCCACAGCAGCUACAAGUCUUUCCUAUUCCUCCGUGGAUGAAACACAAGUCCAAAAUCUCUAUGUGAGCUGCAAAUCCUCUGGCAAGGUCAUUUCUUCAGUGUAUUCAAGAGAAAGCCAACAUAGUAGAAAUCCGAGAAUUACAGUGCUGCAAACAAACCCCAAUCCUGUGUAUGAAAGCCCAAACUUGGCUGCAGUUGAACUAUACAGAGACACCAGCAGAGAGACGUACUUGGUCCCACCUUCCUGCAAGAGUAUCUGCAAGAAUUACAAUGACUUACAGAUUGCAGGGGGCCAGGUGAUGGCCAUUAAUUCAGUGACAACCGAUUUCCCCUCUGAGGGUAGUUUUCAAUAUGGUCCUUUGCUGAAAUCAUCUGAGAUUCCUUUGUCCAUGGAGGAUUCCAUGUCCACUCAGCCCAGCGACUUGCCACCCACCCCUAUCCAGCGGUAUUCAUCGUACUGGAGAAUAACCAGCAUCAAAGAGAAAAACAGCCUGCAAAUGCAGAAGCCUAUUUCGAAUGCGGUGCUGAAUGAAUACCUGGAGCAGAAGCUGGUGGAGUUGUAUAAGCAGUACUUUAUGGACACUGGGUUUCAUGACAGUUCACCUACCCAGAUUCUGGCAUCUGAACUCAUCAUGACAAACGUGGACCAAAUUAGUAUUCAAGUCUCUAUAGAGAAGAACCUGGAGAUCUCGAAAGCCAGGGAUAUCGUCAUUAACCGCCUAUUACAGUAUGGGUCAACUGAAAUCAGCACGCCGAGUCUCCAUAUUUCUCAGUAUAGCAACGUGAAUCCAUAG